GAUGGGGCGCUCAGGUCUUUUAAUGACUAAGAUGGGGGCAUAUCUGGUCCUAUUCCCGUCAAUUCAGAACAAGAAGGGUUAUUAAACACGUAUGAGGUUCCCACAAAUAUCUCUUCACCACCACCACCACCACCACCACCACCACUUCAGGGCUUUGUUUGUACUGAUUAGUCCUCCCGUCGCUCAUGAACACCAAAAAAAUUCAUGAGGUAUUAUCAACCAGAACCAAAAAAUCCCCUCCUAUUUUCUUUUUCCCUCUCUGAACUCAUCUUCCCAUCUAUUUGAACAAAUGCUGAAGAAGAUUACCAUGGUUGUUGCUGCAUUUCUGGUCCUUGAUUCUCAUGGCUGGGGCUUAACAGAAAGUUUGCCCAUCCACACGAUCCUGUGAGUCCCAUAUUGAUCCCAUGGAAGGGCCAGGCGAGGUUAAUGAAACAGUGAGAAAAGCUGCUGAAGCUGCUCCAAACUCUAAGAGAAAACUAACCAAUCAUUCCAUUCAAGAAGAUAACUGUAAUCCUUUAGAACCAACUGCAGUUUUUAUUGCCCCUGGAAAUGAUUGGCCUGAAUCACUUUCUCUCUCAAGGUCAGAUGCAGGCCAUAGAGCACCAGUUUGUUUGCCUGGCUUCCCCAAUGUCUUCUCAGAGGUUUUGGAUGAAAAGACAAUCAAUUCAACGACAUCCAAGCCUCCUGUUGCUUUCAUAAAUCCCUUGACUGGUGGGUCAGGAUCGCCAUGUGUCAGCCCAUGUUCCAUGAAUGAUGAUGGUGCAACUGUUGAAGAGCUGACUCUUACAAACUACAAGGGUUCCCAACUUGGGCCUUUACAUAGUAGGAAAGUUGGUCAAUGGGAAAAUCUCUACUUGAUUGCUGGUGGUUUGGGGAAGGACAAUUCAUGUAAGGUGGGGCCUCCUGCUGUAAACAACUCAAUGGAACAGAACACAAAUGGAGGGAAAGAUCUAAGAAAGAGUACUAUUUCACCUGAGUUUGGGGUUCAUGAGUCUCUAAUGACCCAAAACUACCAAAAGCAAGAUCAUAUUAAUACUGCAGGCAUUUCGGUCAGCAAUGAAAUGUGCUCAACUUCGAGCGACAUGUCAGGGGUAAGAUUACCAGGAUGCGAGAUUAGGACCAAAAUGCUCUCUUCAUCUGGGUUUGCUCGUUUUCUUGUGAAGAAUUCAUUGAAGGAAAAAGGGAUUUCUUAUAGACAUUUUGAAUCAAGGAAUGGAACACAUAAUAUGAAUGGGGGAAAACCUAAUUCAAGAAAUGAUGCCAAUGCCAUCAAAAUCAAUUCGGAUACAUCUCACAGUUUUGCCUCGGAAGCUGAUAGAUUCUCUAAACACAGUGAUUCUGGAGUUGAAGUUGAUAUUCCCUCUCCUAAUAAUGAUGACCAUAAUAGCAUCAGUUUGAGAGAACGGCUCAAGCCAGGCCAACGCAAGAUGAACAAGCUUGAGAGCUUGCAUGUGUUUCAACAAAUACUGGUGAUGGUGGAUGCGGCUCAUUCCAGAGGAGUUGUGCUACGAGAUUUACGACCCUCUUUUUUCAUGGUCUCAUCAUUGAAUCGGGUCAACUAUGUGGGUUCUUAUGUACCCCAAGUUCCUAUGGAGUUUUCAAAACAUGUGGACCAUGAUAAUUCCCAUUUGGAUCCCUAUACUAGAAAGAAAAAGCAAAGACAGUCUCCUCCUACUGCUCAUCAUGGUCAUGAGUUAGGGUACCAAGGUUCCUUGGAUACUAAGAGCAUACAUGAUUACAAUGGUUCUUCUGUGAAACAUCAGAAGCUCAGUGAGCACAUCAAAAGCAUCAGGCAAAUAGCCAUCAAUAGGUUUAAAGCUCAGAAUUCUGGGUGCGAUUUCAGGGAAGAACACAAAGUUUCUGAAGAAUACAAAAUUCAUAAAGGAAUUGAUAUCUCAUGUGGGUCUAACAGAGAUCACCAGGACUUGGACAAGGAAAGGUUGCUUCUGGAGGAAAGGUGGUACUCAAGCCCAGAGGAGUUGUAUGAGAGAACAUUUACAUUCUCAUCAGACAUCUACCGUUUGGGUGUUCUUCUAUUUGAGCUUUUUUCCUUGUUUGAGUCAUGGGAAGCUCUUGUAGCAGCAAUGUCAGAUCUGCGACACCGAAUUCUCCCUCCUAGUUUUCUAUCAGAAAAUCUCAAGGAGGCGGGUUUUUGUCUCUGGCUGCUUCACCCAGAGCCAUGUUCACGUCCAAGGGCAAGGGAAAUUUUGCAGUCUGAACUAAUUUCCGAAGCUCAGGAUAUCCUCUGCAGAAAGGAAUCUUCAUCAUCUAUUGCUGAAGAAGAUGCCAUUUCUGAGGAGUUGUUGCAUUUCGUUGUAACAUUGCAAGAACGGAGACAGGAGCAUGCUGCUAAUCUUGUUGACCAAAUUCAUUGCUUAGAAGAAGAUAUUGAGGAAGUUGAAAGACGGCAUUCAUUGUUGAGAAGCCAUGAGUUACUUCCUCAUAUGUACCAAGAAUCAAACAGGGUAGGUGUCCCUGAUAUAUUUGAGGAAGGAAUACAAGGAGGCUUGCUCUCUGAAAAGUUCCAUCAUAGAGAAUCUUUUCCGCUGGUGAAUUGUUCAGAGGGUUCCAGUUGGGCCCCCAUACUACACCCCAAUGAAGAGAGAAUAAUGAAAAAUAUUGAUCAGAUUGAAAAAGCUUACUUCUCUAUGCGAUCCAAAAUCAAGUUGCCUGAAGCUAAUGCAGCAGCACGCUCUGAUAGAGAUGUCCUCAAGAAUCAUAAUGAGCGCUGCUCAAGACAAACUGACAGUGAUGAAUCCUGCGAGAAUUAUAAGCCUGAUGAUCGUAUUGGUGUCUUUUUUGAUGGUUUGUGCAAGUAUGCCCUCUUCAGUAAAUUCAAAGUGCGUGCUACUCUUAGGAAUGGAGACCUCCUCAAUUCUGCAAAUGUCAUUUGUUCAUUGAGUUUUGACCGGGAUGAAGAAUACUUUGCAUCUGCCGGCGUGUCUAAAAAAAUAAAGAUCUUUGAAUUCGGGUCACUGUUGAAUGACACUGUAGAUUUCCACUACCCUGCAAUUGAAAUGUCAAGCGAGUCAAAGCUCAGUUGUGUCUGUUGGAACAACUACAUCAACAACUACUUGGCAUCAACUGAUUAUGAGGGUGUGGUCCAGUUAUGGGAUGCAAGCACUGGAAAAGGUUUCUUACAGUUCAAAGAACACUUAAAAAGAGCAUGGUCUGCUGAUUUCUCUCAAGCAGAUCCUACUAAGUUAGCCAGUGGAAGUGAUGACUAUUCUGUGAAGCUUUGGAGCAUUAAUGAGGAUAGCAGUACAAGCACAAUCAGGAAUGUGGCUAAUGUGUGCUGCGUUCAGUUCUCUCCUUAUUCCCCCCAUCUUUUGGCCUUUGGGUCUGCUGAUUACAAGGUCUACUGUUAUGAUCUUCGUAGCACAAGAACACCUUGGUGCACAUUGGCUGGACAUGGAAAAGCUGUUAGUUAUGUGAAGUUUGUGGACUCGGUUACACUUGUGUCAUCUUCUACUGAUAAUACGCUUAAGCUUUGGGAUCUUAACAGAACAAGUGCUAGUGGAUUUUCCAACAAUGCUUGCAGCCUAACCUUUAGUGGUCAUACUAAUGAGAAGAACUUUGUGGGCCUCUCUGUUUCGGAUGGAUAUAUAGCAUGUGGAUCGGAGACAAAUGAGGUUUUUGCUUAUUAUAAGUCCCUUCCUAUGCCGGUCACUUCUCACAAGUUUGGCUCCAUUGAUCCUGUAUCGGGGCAAGAAACACAUGACGAGAGUGGACAGUUUGUUUCCAGUGUUUGCUGGAGAGGAAAAUCAAGCAUGGUUGUCGCUGCAAAUUCAAAUGGAAACAUUAAACUUUUGCAGAUGGUGUGAGCAAAACAGAGAAAAGCAAUCAUGCCUACAAGUUUCAAUAAGAACUAGCCUGCUAGCUCUGGAAAUUCCUUUCAGAUGACAACUGUGGAUGGUUUAAAGCUGUUGAAGAUUGCUUGGCUGACCAUUCUGCUUUGAUUUAUCUUGGAAGCUUGAUGUUAUGCAAUCCAUAUGACAAAAAGAUUCGGAUAUGUGGCCAAAUGUAUAUAAAAGUGAGGCCUGAAUAUAUGAUUACCUUUGUGCUUUCGAAGAAACUCGUUUGUCUUAUAUCUGAGUUGCUUAAUUUUUGCUGAUGAUUUCCCAAUUAAUUUUUCUUGAAAAGCUGAUAGCUUGAGAUGGGAUUAGAUGAGAAGGCUCCAAUGAAGAAUAAAAUACAAAAGAGAUGAGCGGCACAAGCAUUUGAUUCUGACAAAGGAGACACCAUGCGAGUGCUGGAAGAGGCAUCCUCAAAACUUGAUGCCCCCAUGGGAGAUGAAUGAGUGGGGUGUCGUCGUUGGAGUCUCUGCGUAUCUCAUAUGGCCAGUUUGUUCAUUUUAGAUAAACACUUGCAAAUGAAGGAGUGAUAUGAUUGUAGGAUUGGUUGAAGCAUGAGAGCUCUCCAAAAAGAAGUGCGAAGAAGCUGCAAUUGAAGGACCCAAAUUGUUAUGCAGAGGAUUUGAGGUUUCAUGAUGUAUUUUCGGUGAGAUAAUAUCAAGAGCUUGUACUCUCUGUUUAAUAUUCAGUAAAUGGAAAAUGGGUCUUCUGUUUGUUCUCA